CAGCUUCAAUUUCUUAAAAGUGUCAAAGUAUAUGAGUAUAGGACGUUGACACUGCUCCCUGUGUAAACCAAAACUCUCGCCAUGUCAUUGUGUAAGCCAUAUUAACACCGAUCCAGCUUCAAUUUCUUAAAAGUGUCCAAGGGUUCUCUAUAAAAUUAUGAGUAAGAUGAUCGCUCUUCGGCUCAAAACUCUCUUACCUAAGAUUAUUUCCUUGAAUCAAAGCGGUUUUGUAGCAGGGAGACUGUUGUGCUAUUGCAUAUGAAUCUUUACAUCUCCUCAGAAAUAGACGUAAAGGAAGAGUGGGUCUGGCAGCUUUAAAGAUUGAUAUUAGUAAAGCCUAUGAUCGUAUGGAGUGGACUUACCUUGAAGGAGACCUUAGAUUUCGUUUUACUCCUCGUUCCGGUAACGAGGCAGCGCAUUUCUUAGCGCGUAGACGGCGUAGUAGUUGCUAUGAUGAUGUUUUAGGGGAGUGGCUUGACACACCAAACUUUAUUCCCUUGGUUUCCUAAUUUAAUGGCUUGAUUUCAGAAAAAAAAAAGAACAUUUGAGAAUUGAGAUGAGUUGUGCAUGUGAUUAUAAUAAGUGAGGGGAUAUUAAUGUGAGGUCCAUAUCCGCCCCCCCAAAAGGCACUAUUUAGAUGGGGUUGUGCGUGUGUGGGCAUUGUAUUGAGUUGGGAGCGUGCGGUUGAGGAAGAGAUAGCGGAUGGAUUUGGUAACUAGGGUUUUGCUGGGAGAAUCCGUUCUGAGAUUGGGCAUGAUGGUAGGAUUGUCGUUUGAAGAUCUCAAAGCUCAGAGAUUCAGGGUUCGAUUUCUAGCUCUCUCUCUCUCUCUCGAUGAUCCUCCCGCUGGUAUGCCAUUUUCUGUUAAGCAUACAACAAAGAGAAUCGCGAUGGAAGCAACUUUGGAGGGCAUUUGCUCUGAGGAGAUGCAAGGACGAUAGGCCAUGUUUCUAGAUAAAUUGUGCAUUUGGUUUUGUCUCGAGUCAGGUAUCUGAUAUUUGGUACUCUUUUCAUGUCCACUUUACUCCAAAUUUUCAUAUUAUUUUUUAAAUGUUGAGUUGUUUUAAAAGCCCAAAUCUUAACAUUCACAUAAUGCAAACAACGACUGGGUAUGUAUUCAUGCGUAUCCUAACACCACUGACACCUAAUGGAAUACUUGGCAUUCAUGCUAAUUAUGAGCAUGUACCAAGGUGUGAACUGUGAAAAGUAUACAUACUAUCCCUCAGGAUCUCAGGAGGCACUAUUGCCUCAAACCAACAUUAACCCUGCAAAAGCCAGGUAUCUCUAACUACUGAUCCUGGAGUCCUGGACCAUGGUUAUUAUGCCUACGAUGGCAACCUAUGCACAGGUGAAGCUCACUGUUGACUAAAACGAGUCAAAACCUUGCACGAGUUAGAGAUUCUUGAAGAAUUUCAACUCUACAUCAUUAAGGAGCUUUUGAUGGGGUUACUUGGGUAUGGUAGGAGCACACGAAAAGAAACUAGAUGACUCACC